UGCUACAGUAGUAUAGAGAAGCACGAAGUGCGUACAUUCUCACGCCCUGAAAUAUCUCGGGAGGAAGUCAAACCUUUGUGUUUUAUCGGAUAGAUAAGCCAAAUUUAGAUCAGCACAGUCGUGUGGUUCUAGGUUUGUUGCCAACAUGACCACACCAGAAGUCUGUACCCGAAUCGUCAAGUGUCUGCAGGAUGUGUGGACUGACAAAAUGUUGUUUGACUUUGCCGUCAAGAUCUCUGACGAAACAAUACAAUGUCAUCGACUCAUCCUAGCGGCGUGUUCUGAUUUUUUCAAGGCACUUUUUCGUUCUGGUAUGAGGGAAGUCACAGAGAACUGUGUUGUUUUACAAGAAGUUACUUGUGACGUGUUUCAGUUAAUUUUAAAAACUAUAUACACAGGUGAAAAUAUUUUAACUUUAGAAAAUCUUUUUGAAGUGUGGCGAGCAGUAAAUCACUUACAGGUAACUUUCAUGGUUGAUUUGUGUGAGAAUUUCGCGAUUAAAGCAAUCAACCUAGACACUUGGGAAAAUAUUUACACUAAUGCACAAUUUUUAGAUUCAAAAAACGUUCUUAAACAGCUUCGUACAUUCAUGUUGAAAAACUUUGAUCAAGUAUGUCUUUCAACAACAUUUCUACAGCUGUCUUUUGAUGAAGUCAGGGAUUUGAUAAAAAGUCAAGAUUUGAUUGUUGUCAGUGAGGAUAUAGUCCUUGAUUCAGUUAUAAGAUGGGUCGAACAAGUUUCUUAUGAUGCAUGUACUGACACAAAUCGUGGGGAGAAUACGGACGUUACUGAUGAACAAAAUCACGAAACUGUUAAAGAGAAUACUUAUAUGGAAAAUAGUAAAGCGCUAAACAAAGAUUGUUGUACUAAAUCGGUUAAACGUUUUACACAGUGUACUUCAAGAAAAGAUAAACUUUCAGAACUUGUGAAGCUAGUGAGGACGUGUCUUGUAAGCCCGGCUGUUUUAUCUCGCGUCUAUGAAAUGGAAAUGGUUUCGGAAAACAAUGUGUUAAAGGAUAUUACGUUUAAUUCUUUAUACUAUAUCCAAAACUUUAGACACGGUCAGUGGCCAACAGCUGCUGUACAAAGAUCAUGUAGUAAGUACAUAAAUGCUGGAGUACUUGCACAAGGCAAGGGUACAUUCAGAGUAAUACAUAUACUCGAGCACAAAUGGUUUGAUAUUUCAAAAUGUAAAAAUUUACAAGAAAAUAUCCAGCUCGUCUGUUUUGACAAUGAACUUUAUGCAACAGGAAAACAACAAAACCAACCAAAUGAGCUUUGUCAACUUUUUGUGUUCUGUGACAACAGCUGGGUGGAAGUUGUAAAAAUGCCUUGUCAGAAUUUGCUGUUAAUUUCACAUGAACAAUAUAUUUACAUCAUUAACAAAGACGAUAAAUCUAUUCAUAGGGUAAAUCCAAAGAAAAAAAUUCCAAAUUUAGAAAAGUUUACAGAUUUUCCAGAAAAUGUUGAAGUUAAACAUGCAAUGAUUUUCGAAAGAUAUAUUUUAAUGUUUAGCCCUAUAACUCACAUUGGUAAUGAAGAAACAGCUGUUCAUAAAUUGGAUAUUUCGUUCAAAAUUUGGACCAGGUUAGACAAUUUGGAUGGAGAAGCAGAACAUAUAAUUAGUUUUAGGAAUGACAAACACAGCUAUGUUUUACAAAGCAAUGGCAACUUGUGGUGUAUUUUAAAUGAACUUUCCAGUCUCAACACUAAACUAAAAUUUGUUUCCAAACUUUGGAAUUCACAAAAGAAGUUAUACGGCGCUUUGACCUAUAAUGGACAGUUAAAUAUUGUGGGAAAUUUCCAAGCAGGAGAUACAAUUAGAAGAGCUCCAGAUCAUAUUCAAAGCUCUUUUUGGUGGAAAACUAAUGAAAAAUGUUCCAAUUUUAUUCCAAUUACAAUGUUGAAAAUACGGUAGCUCUAAUUAAUUAACAUGCAUCAUACUACUGAGUAUUUCAACAAGUUAUAAACAACUCAGUACUUCGACAUGACGGUUCAAGUGUUUACUAUUACCUGUCUCUACACAACAUAUAGGAUUUUACCGAAACCAAUCGGUAGAUUUAAAACCAUGAUUUUUUGAAAUUUUUUGAAAAGAAACGAGUUAUCGAAUUUAAAAAUCAUAAACACGCUAUUUAACGACGAUAAAGCUAAUAGUCGGACUAUAAACAGGUUUGGUAGUCUACAAAUAUAUUUUGU